CGAUCCGCGAGGAAUUUCGUCCGUUGUAAAACCAACCAACCAACCAGUAACGAAUCGGACGAAUCCGGGGCCCCCCAGUUGAGUCGUCGCCGCCGUUCGAGUUCGACCCAGAGCUUCACUCUCUCGAUACAUAUAUCGCCGGGCUUUUAAUAGUUAGACGCCGUGCCACCCGCCAAAAGCCAACGCCUACGGCUCCAUAGAAAAAAAAAUACAUUAACAAACACAUCAAUUUUAGCGGGUAAUAAUGUGUAAAAGAAUUAAGAAGAAGAAUCUAGAUAAAUUGUAAUCCAUAAAUUUUAUUAUUUAUACAAAAUUUUCAUCCAAAAAACGCGAGUGUAUUGAUUUUAAUUGCCGGUGAAAAGGAGGGUUAAAAUUAUUCGUGAUAAACCACGGAAAAGAAGUACUUUUUGAUAAUAUUUUUCAAAGUGAAACAACCGGAAACGUUUUAAACAACUACCGGUUGUUUGUUGAGACGUUCAAGAAAUAACGGAAAAGAAGGGUGUAGAAAGAAUUUUAAUUUAGAAAAAUCGUGUAAAAUCAAUUAGUUAUUUUAAAAUUACACUUAAGACCACCAAGUGAAAGAAGUCCUCAAUUCCAUAAAAAAUGGCACAACUCGUCUCAAAUAUUUUGGAAAAGUACCAUGAUUUAAUGGAUAAUAGAAGUGAUCCAAGAGUAAACGAUUGGUGGAUGAUGUCAAGUCCGUUACCAACAUUAGCAAUAUGCAUUUUUUACGUUUAUUUUUCAAAGGUUUUAGGACCAAAACUAAUGGAGAAUCGAAAACCGUUAAAUCUUAGGAAUGUUUUGAUAGUUUAUAAUUUUCUUCAAACGGUGUUCAGCUUAUGGAUAUUUUACGAAUACUUAAUGAGUGGUUGGGGAGGACACUAUAGUUUUAGGUGUCAACCUGUAGAUUAUUCUUACAGUCCAAUGGCUUUAAGAAUGGCAAAUAUUUGUUGGUGGUAUUACUUUUCGAAAUUCACGGAGUUUUUCGAUACGUUAUUUUUCAUUUUAAGAAAGAAAAAUAGUCACGUGUCGACUUUACAUGUUGUUCAUCAUGGUUGUAUGCCAUUUUCGGUUUGGAUGGGACUUAAAUUUGCUCCAGGUGGCCACAGUACAUUUUUUGCAUUGCUCAAUUCAUUCGUACACAUCGUAAUGUACUUUUAUUAUAUGGUCGCAGCGAUGGGGCCGAAAUAUCAAAAAUACAUUUGGUGGAAAAAAUACUUAACAACGUUCCAAAUGGUACAAUUCGUCGCUAUUUUUACACAUCAAUUCCAAAUUUUACUAUAUAAAGAUUGCGAUUAUCCAAGAAUCAUAAUGGUUUGGAUUGCGAUUCAUGGAAUUAUGUUUUUAUUUUUAUUUAGCGAUUUUUAUAAAAUUAAAUAUAGCAGAGAAAAAAAGGCUGUGAAAAAUUCUGGUUUUUGUAUGAUUGUGGAUACUGACGAUAAUAAGCAACAUCAAAAUGGUGAAUCAAAGAUGAAUGGAAUACAAAAUAAUUACAUGGAUAGUGAAUUUUCAAAAGUCGCCUGUUAUUCUAAUGGAGUAAAUAAAGGGUUCGUUACUCAAAACGGGAAAAAAAUCGAUUAGUGAUUAGAUAAUAAAUCAAAUUUACAAUAAUUAAUUAAUUCCUCAUUAUUUUCUUUCUUAGUACUUGUUUUCUUUGUUCUUUAUUUGUUGAUGUGAAAGGUACAAGUACUUUUUUGUAUAGUUUUGUGUAGAUAGAUUUAUUUAUUAGCGAUUAUUAAAAAAAAAAUUUUUUUUUUAUAUGAACUCUCUUGUAAUUUUCCUUUUUUUGUAGUAUUUUUUUAUGAAUCACUCAGGGGUCUCCGUACCAAGUUAUAGCUAAAAAACAAUUUUUUUUGUAAGUUUAUUUAAUUGUUUAAAUUUUUUUUGCCGUCAGUGCCUCUAAAUCUAUAGAAAAAAUUAAAGAGAGAACAAAACAAGUUAAGUCUUAAAAAGUACUUAUUUAUUUAAAACAAAGUGGGUGGAAAAGUAUUUUGCAAUAAUAAAAAAAAAUAAAUUAACGAGGAUAAAUACAUUAUCUAUUAAUUAGGUGCUCGGUUAUUUUGAAAAUUGUGUUAAUACGGAAAAAGGCAUUGUUAAUUUUAAAGUUCUAGUUUCUUUUCUGUAAAUAGAAUAGUUAUGUGGGUUAUUUUUACAAUUUCAGACAAUCGAUCAUUAUAAU